CCCAAGCAGCCCCAAAAUAUGGAUGUGCCUCUGCCCUCCCCCUGGAGCAGCCCUCUGCUUCUCUGAGCUGCCCCCCUUCCCCGAAGCGCACAGACACACACGCACACUUGCCUUCGGAGAACCCCUCCCUUGCUGGAUCCCUGCCUGGGAAGGUGGAGAGAGAGCAAGAGAGAAGCAAAGAAGCAACAGAUCUCUGUGCCCCCAGCCUGUGAAGCCAGGAGCCAGCACCUGCCGGGUGAUGCAAGAAGAUACCUGGGGUGGGAGAGAGCUGCACCAGCCCCUGAGCUGCGACCUUGCUCUGUUUGUACCCCCGCUCCGUGCUGCCGAUGCAAAAAGUGAUCGUGAGCCGCCAGCGACUGAUACACAGCCAGCCUGUAGAUCCCACCCAUUCAUGCUACUGAGAUCGGCUUGGUGCUGAAACCCAACCCUGGAUCAGAGAGGAGAGGCAGAGAGAGGGGGCAAGUCUGCUGACAAGUGUGCAUACGUCUCCUCGACCUAAAACUGACACCGCCCAGAGACCCUGCAGUGUCCCAAGGGCCCACCUUGGGUCAGAAGCUCCCCUGGAGAGGAAAAUCUAUCCAUCCUUUCUGAGUUGGGUGUUUCUUUCUCAAAAUAAAGCCAGUGUGCCCAUGGGUCUGGUGGUCUCGGAUGGGAAGCGGAUUCAAUGGAGUGUCUGAAAGCAGAUGAAGGUGCCAUAGAGGAGACCAAAACCAGUCCCUCUUGAUUUUGGGGACGCCACCUUUGCCUUGGUCAGGAGCAACUGGUGAUGUGCUUUCUACUCUACUUCCCAGAGCAGCGCGAUAAGCAGGGAUCUCUCUUGCAGGCAGGAGCCAGUGCAUGAAAACGGUUUAGUCCGCGUUAUUUUGUGGAGGGAAAUAUAACACAAGGAAAGAAACACUCUAAAUAUAGACAAGACCAGGUAUCGAUAACUGUGUGUGUGUGUGUGUGUGUGUGUGUGUGUGUGGUGUGCGUGCAUGUGUGUGCAAGUAAAGAGGGCUUGUCUUGCGGUGUAGAUUUGAAUCAUUUCCCUUCGGGUUCUUUCAAACUUUCAAAUUUAUUUUGAACCAGGGUGAAGCUCUCAAGUCUACUUUGGAAAGAGUCUGUUUUGGAUUUUUGUGUGUGUGCGCCGCUGACACAAGCCAAGGGGGGAGGCAGAUACUUCAGCAGCAGCAGCAGCAGGAGAAAAAGUAUUUCAUUUUUGUUCUCAAGAUUUUGUUUUGUGAAUCAUCUUCCCUCGGUGAGAUACACACAGAUUUUUGUUCCCUUAAUGAAGAGAUCAAAGUGCCUUUGCUAUUAGUUUCCCGGCUGUGGAGCAGUGGCACAACCCUCCAUCGCUGCUCUGCUCUCUUCCCAGUGCGGAUUUACUUGUUGCUGCUUGGUGGAUUUGGAGCAGGGGACCUGGGUCUUUAGAUCUGAUCUCCUUCCUCUGCCGUCUCCCUCUGAAGCAACCACCUGUGCACAGCAGCCCCCUCUUCCCGAGAGGGCUCGAUGAGGCAAGCGCCGGGCAGAGCCAUCUGAGGUUGGGGAGAGAGAAAUCUGAGCUCCCCCCUGGCUCUCCCCCACCUCUCUUCCCUCCCAGCUCCUUGCCAGAGGAAGGGUGUUUAGAGGGCAUCUCCCGUCCACCUAAAUCUAUGAUCAGCUCGGUGUGUGUUUCAUCGUACCGUGGGCGUAAGUCUGGGAACAAACCACCCUCCAAAACAUGCCUGAAGGAGGAGAUGGGCAAGGGGGAAGAGUCGGACAAAAUCACCAUCAAUGUAGGGGGGACCAGGCAUGAGACUUACAAGAGCACCCUGCGCACCCUGCCCGGUACCCGUCUGGCAUGGUUGGCUGACCCCGAUGCCCAGAGCAACUUUGACUUUGAUGGCAAGAGCAACGAGUUCUUCUUUGACCGCCACCCUGGCAUCUUCUCCUACGUGCUCAACUAUUACCGCACGGGCAAGCUGCACUGUCCUGCUGACAUCUGCGGGCCCCUCUUUGAGGAGGAGCUGACCUACUGGGGCAUCGACGAGACCGACGUAGAGCCCUGCUGCUGGAUGACCUACCGCCAGCACCGGGAUGCUGAGGAGGCGCUGGACAUCUUUGAGAGCCCUGAGCCUGGGGGAGGAGCAGGGGGAGAGGAGGCAGAGGAGGAAGGGGGCAGGGACAUGACCCUCCAGCGCCUAGGCAUGGAUGACAGGCCACCAGGGGCUGCUGGAGCUGCAGGAGGGGGAGGAUGCUGUCGCAGUUGGCAGCCCAAGAUGUGGGCACUCUUCGAAGAUCCCUACUCAUCCCGAGCGGCAAGGGUAGUUGCCUUUGCCUCGCUUUUCUUCAUCCUGGUUUCCAUUACGACCUUCUGCCUGGAGACACACGAGGCCUUUAACAUAGACGUCAACGUGACUGAAACACUGGUGGUUGGCAAUACCACUACAAUCCUGCUGACACGCAAGGUGGAGACGGAGCCCAUCUUGACCUACAUUGAGGGAGUCUGUGUCCUGUGGUUCACCCUGGAGUUCCUGGUACGCAUUAUUUGCUGCCCAGAUAAGCUGGUCUUCAUCAAGAACCUACUCAACAUCAUUGAUUUUGUGGCCAUCUUGCCCUUCUAUCUGGAGGUAGGCCUCAGCGGCCUGUCCUCCAAAGCUGCAAGGGACGUGCUGGGCUUCCUGAGGGUGGUCCGUUUCGUCCGGAUCCUGAGGAUCUUCAAGUUGACACGACACUUUGUGGGGCUUCGGGUGCUAGGCCACACGCUCCGGGCUAGUACCAACGAGUUCCUGCUGCUCAUCAUCUUCCUGGCCCUAGGGGUCUUGAUCUUCGCUACCAUGAUCUACUAUGCCGAGAGGAUUGGGGCCAAGUCAUCGGACCCCAGAGGAGGUGAUACGCACUUUAAGAACAUCCCCAUUGGGUUCUGGUGGGCAGUCGUCACCAUGACAACACUGGGAUACGGUGACAUGUACCCCAAGACCUGGUCAGGCAUGGUGGUGGGGGCACUGUGCGCGCUCGCUGGGGUGCUCACUAUUGCCAUGCCAGUGCCCGUCAUCGUUAACAACUUUGGAAUGUAUUACUCACUGGCUAUGGCCAAGCAAAAGCUCCCAAAGAAGAAGAAAAAGCAUAUACCCCGCCCAGCCCCACUGGACUCCCCCGCCUACUGCAAGUCUGAGGAUAACUCGCCCCGCAGCAGCACACAGAGCGACACUUGCCCCCUGGCAACAGAGGAGGUGGCAGAGAGGAAACGAGCAGACUCCAAGCAGAACGGCGAUGCCAAUGUGGUGCUGUCAGAUGAAGAGCAGCCCCUGUCACCAUCCAACGAGGAGAAAAAGCCCAUGAGACGCUCCAGCACCAGAGACAAGAACAAGAAAGCGGCUACGUGCUUUCUGCUGACUGCUGGGGACUUCUCCUGUGCAGCUGAUGGUGGCAUCCGGAAAGAUGGGAAACAGAGGGAUUAAGGCCAACAUACUCCAAAAAAUUACGCACCUAACUCCGCUUUAGGCAAGUGAUUCCCUUUGCCUAAGUAAUUUUGAGGAUCUAGGUCAAAGUGACUUGCCAAGGUCACCCAGGGAGUCUAUGGUGAAGCAGAGAGCCGAACCCAGGUAUCCUGGGUCCUAGGCUAGACUGGACAGAACAUGCUUCCUUUCUGGAAGGCCUCUAUUGGAAAUGGAGAUCCCACUGGCUGAACGUUACCUUCUCCUCUCCACAAGCAGAGACCGCUCUGCUGCGUGGGAUCUGAGUUAGCAGGGGUUACACUCCCCGUUUUCCACUGCAGCUGUUCUUCUGGCAGUGCUAACCAAAGGGUGUUUCAUCUCACGCAUUCCUAGCAUGCAACCCAGAGGAAGCAAUAUUGUUAUCAGAUGGACACGGAUUAGUAUGGGAAAGGUGGAUGCCCAGCAGCUGCUCGUGACAUUGCACACAGCUGCAGCUCAGGAAAGGUCCUGAAUACCUGUUCAUCUGAGUGCACUGCAAUGUCAUAUUCAAGCAGUUGUCACCAAAGCCAAGUCAGUGGGUGGCUCCGUGGCAGCAGUUCUAAAGCCGCUUUACAUUCAUACAUCUCAUUCAUGUCUCCUUCAGAGCGCGGUUCCUCUAUGAAGUGCCUAUUUUGAGCCAACAAUACAAUGUCCUUGAGCUGCAUACAUGAAAAGCCAGGUCCAACUCCCCACCCGAGACCCAGACCCAGCAUUUGCACAGAGUCUUCUUUAUUGAACCCAAACAACUCCUGAGAAGCCUGUGAAUGUCUGCAAUGUUGUAUCCCACCACUAUGAUAAAGAAAAUACUUCUCUGGAUGGCUGGGAAACAGAGGGCAUAGCCUGCGGAUCCAGUAUUUUUCCUGGGCAUCCCAGCUGCCUUUGCAAAUUCCUGUUCAUAAGUAUGUGCUCAACUUCAAGCACCCGCUUGGCCUCCUUGCACUUUUAUAGGGCAGGGUUGCCCUCUUGAAGGCCCUAUGCAAAGAUUUCAUAUCAGACCCCUCCCUAUUCUUUACCAGACAAUCAUACCAACAGCAGCCAUGAAAUCAGGCAGUUUCAUAGCUGCUAAUUCAGUGGGUGGGGUGGGGUGGGGAUCCAUGAUCAACUCAGGCCCCUGCCAGUUGCAUGCUUUGUUCUGGCCUAAUACCCCCCACGACCCCAUGCUUAAAAGUAGGCACAUCCUCACAUCCUUUGGCCAUCUGGCCAAAUAAUAACAAUACUAAUUUGUAGCAAUGAGGUGACUAGGGUGAUUCCAAAAUGUACUGCACCAUUGGCGCGGAUUGGGCGGUGUUUUCUCACGCAUGCUGGGAAGAGCAAGACUUAUAUGGUCACCUAAUAUCCUUAGUUAUUUUGUUCAGUGUGUUAGCUGGGAUUAUAUAUACAGGGGCCUUGAAUAGCCUUUGUUCCCUGGGGGAUCUUCUCCCCUGUUACAUCUCCUGACUACAAUUAAUAGCAGUUCCCUCCUCAAACCUCAUGUUGCUUCCCUGCAUGUAACUUGCUAGGUAAUGGACCCCAGGGAUUGCCAGCUAGUAUUUACCAUCCCCAGAAGCUUCAUUCAGACUGCUGUGAAUGCAUGGGCAUCUGGGAUCUGAGCCUAGCUCAGCUGAAGCAGGGAGUUGUCAGUACAAACAUGGAAUGAGCUCCAGAGGAUGCACAGCUACACGGCAUGGUCCCUGCAGGCUCUUUGCUGGCGUGGUAACCUACCCAGCCUCAGGCUUCCUUGGCCAAGGAGAGGAUGCUGUGGGUCUGCAAAGGGUGAUGGUUUUCUGCCUCGUGCAAUCCUGAAUGGUUCCUCAAGUGUAUUUUUACUGUAACUCGCGGUCACAGUAUUCAACCAUUUCCAUACUAGAGUCUCAGCCAAGGUAAGAAUAGUUCAGUGCUCACUGGUAGCUUACUCCUUGGACCUGCCAUGGUGCUCAACAAGGGUGGCGAUGCUCUACAGAGCCCCGGGGACAACAGUCCCAUAUUCAACCCCAGGAAUAGUCGGUCAGGGUGGUGUCAGCAUUUCCUUUAUCCCUUGUCUUUCUCUGACUCGUCCAAACUCAAACUACCACAUAUUUUGUCUGGGUGGUUUCAGUGUUCUCCUGCCUUUAGAAAGCUGAGGAAAUGGUCCUUGCUUUUCCCCUUGGAAGCCUCUCAGUGCCUGCAUCCACCAGCCCACGGCUCUCAUUCUCUUGCUCUCUUUAUUCAUUUCAACAGUAAUAAUCAUGAGUCGGAAGUGCGGAAAGGAAAAGCUGUGCAAUGGUGUGUUUAAUACCUGUAUCCUUUAAACACAGAGAGCUGCAAAGAUGUCCUCUCUUCUAAUUAUCCCCAAGCUGAGGUUGUCACCUUCUCAUAAGGCUUUGGUCCUGUGACGACAGGCAGAGAGACAGAGAGAGCAAAGAAACUUUAGCAGGGCAUGUUUGCCUGUCCUGAAGCCACUGGCAAGGCUCUUUUGCUGUGCAAGACUGAAAAUCCUUGUUUUUGCAGGACUCUUGAACCCCCCGUGACUCUCAUGGAAGCUGGGAUUUGCUCAGACAAUUUUCCUGUUGUAAAUGUACACAGGGCAGAGGGGUGGGAGGGGGGAGUCACUCUCCGUGCUGUAACCCAACUUGUUGUGCAUGUGUUGUACAAUAGUCUGUCUGAUGUGUACCAUGAUCCCCCACAUUGCCAAUGCCAUUAUGGACACCUGUGCUGUACUGUUCCAGUAACAACCCCCCUCCCCCUUUUAACUCGUUGACUGCCCUGUUGGCCGCCGUGACUGCUGUCAUUCUGCUGUAGUAACUUAGACGGUGCCUGGAUCCCAUCGCAGAUGAUCACCGCUGGGCGCCGGAUGCUCAUCAAAGACACUCGCCUGCAGGCUCCAUCAGUGCUCUGACUGUGUUCAUCCGCCAAACAGUAGCUGUGGACUAUUUUUUUUAAACUCCAUGAUGUUUGCUACUCCCUUCUCCACUGUACAGAUUCCUCUUCUGGACGAGACUGCUCGUGGGAGUGUUUUGGGAGGGUUAAAGCCAUUGGAUGACUGCUCCUGAGGUGUGCGGAAAGGAGAAGCAAUACUAGAAUAGCUAAUGGAUGAGUGCAAUAGCAGAGAUGGGGUGGACCCACUGGCCUAGACCGGCCAGUUUCUUUUUAAUGCUGUUACAUUUCUUUGUGACCAAGGCAAUACCAACCCCAUUACCUUAUGUCCUGUGCGCAUGCGUCUACCUGUCAAGCAGUACUAGAGUUCCAAUAAAGAGACCUGAGAGCUGAAAUGCAGCUCUUGUACCUGA